CUUGACGACUGUCGUACUCUAUUGCCCCACCACUUCUUGUUACAUUUCGUUGCCGUAUACCAGGGAAAUAAUAGAGAACUCAAGAACCACUUCACAAAAUCUCUCACAAUGGCAUCCGGCUACGAUCGAGCUCUCUCCGUCUUCAGUCCUGACGGUCACGUCUUCCAGGUCGAAUAUGCGCUCGAGGCCGUAAAGCGAGGAACAUGCGCCGUUGGUGUCAAGGGCUCGGACAUAGUAGUACUCGGCUGCGAGAAGCGAUCAGCAAUGAAGCUGCAAGACACCCGUAUCACACCCUCCAAGAUCUGCCUCGUCGACACCCACGUUGCCCUUGCCUUCGCUGGACUGAACGCCGACGCCCGUAUCCUUGUCGACAAGGCCCGCCUGGAAGCACAAUCACAUCGCUUGACAGUUGAAGACCCCGUAUCGAUAGAGUACAUCACCAAGUAUGUUGCCGGUGUGCAGCAGAGAUACACGCAGAGUGGUGGUGUCCGACCGUUCGGCAUCAGCACGCUGAUAGUCGGCUUCGACCCUAACGACAAGACCCCGCGCCUGUACCAGACUGAGCCCUCUGGUAUCUACUCAGCAUGGAAAGCAAAUGCCAUCGGCCGAUCGAGCAAGACAGUCCGCGAGUUCCUGGAGCGCAACCACAAGGAAGGCAUGGACCGGGAAGAGACGAUUAAACUGACAGUCAAGUCACUACUAGAGGUAGUGCAGACUGGUGCUAAGAACAUUGAGAUCGCGAUCAUGGCGCCUGGAAAGCCCAUCGAAAUGCUGCCUGUCGAGGAUAUCGAGAAGUACGUGGAAAACAUCAACACAGAGAAGCAGGAAGAGGCGGCGAACAGGAGGCCUGGACGGCAGCCCGGUACAGGCCAGGCCGCUAUCCUAACCCGUCAGACCCCAGCUGAGGGCUCAGGAGCUGGUGGCGCGUAAGGGCGUGGUUAACGAGUGAUGGCGAAAAGGCAUGAACAGCAGUGGCGUCUGGUGAUAGACUUUAUGAACCUGUAUAAUGCAGAUACGACCAGCUAGUGCUCAUAAAUGGCAAUCUAGCGCACCACGAUGCUCCUUCCCACGUCCAACCCCCCGCUCGUCGCGUGAUGUUCAUUGGU